AUGACUUUGAAAAAAGUUCCUGAGACUCCAGCUAUGAAAGUGCAUCGAUAUUCCCUGACUGGUCAGUAUCUUACUCAAAAAUAUUUUGGUAUCUCCCGCUACGUGCAAGAGGCAAACCAAAUGUUUCUCCCUGAUCAAUAUGGAAGGGUAAAGCAUGGAGUACCUUUAUCAAAUUUUAUGAAUGCACAGUAUUAUGGAGAAAUUACUAUCGGUACACCACCACAAACAUUUAGUGUUGUAUUCGACACGGGGUCAUCAAACUUGUGGGUUCCAUCAACCCAUUGUACCUCAAUCGCUUGCUUCCUCCAUCGCAGGUACGAUUCGGGACAAUCUUCCACAUACCAAUCUAAUGGCACAGAAUUUGAAAUUCACUAUGGUACUGGAAGUUUAGAAGGCAUUAUUAGUAAUGAUGUCUUACAAGUAGGAGACGUUAUUAUUGAAGAUCAAGAUUUUGGUGAAUCAGUUAAAGAGCCCGGUUUUACUUUUGCUUUCGGUCGCUUUGAUGGCAUCUUUGGACUUGGUUAUGACCGUAUUUCCGUUAAGGGUGUUGUUCCUCCUUUUUAUCAUAUGGUUAACCGUAAUCUUCUUGACGAGCCAAUUUUCUCAUUCUGGCUUAGCGAUUCUGAAGAUUUAGGUGGUGAACUUGUUCUUGGCGGUGUUGACAAAUCUCAUUUUACCGGCGCUAUCCAUUGGGCUCCUGUGAAAAGAAAGGGCUAUUGGGAAGUCGAACUUGAAAAAAUUUCUUUCAACGGUGAUGAAGUUGAAAUGGAAGGAACUGGCGCUGCGAUCGACACCGGAUCUUCACUUUUGGCCGUACCUACAACUAUUGCAGAAUUAAUUAACAAAGAAAUUGGAGCCAAAAAGAAUUUUGCAGGCCAAUAUGUUAUAGAAUGCGAUAGAGUGCCUAGUUUACCCGAUUUUAGUUUACAAUUCGGUGGCAAAUGGUUCACUUUGAAGGGUGAAGAUUAUAUUUUGAAAGCUCAAAAUCAAUGUAUCUCCGGAUUUAUGGGUCUUGACAUUCCUGAACCACUUGGACCUAUUUGGAUCAGCCAUUAG